AUGGGCACCGGCCCGUUGGUGGGCCCUUGCAGCGGGCGAGUUGAUAAGAGGUGGAACCAAACAUCACGUGUGUCUCCACGUGUCUGUGUUCUGCGCGCUUCCAUUCUGUCUCCCGCCUGGAACUCACCGACCCCACCUAAAUUUUCGUUAUCGUUAUCGGUUCCCGCGCAGGAGUAUUUGAACUCUCCAUUUGUCGCCAACGCAACCUUAUUUUUUCUUCCCUUCCUCAGAAACCAACAAUCGCAAGCGCCGCGAUUCUCUCGAGCUCACGCAUUCCUUCGAUUGUUACGCCGGGUGCGCAAUGAUUUAAUGUCUGCCGAGCUGGCAGGAACCGCUUCAUUGCGUGUUCAUAUAUCUGCCCGCAGCAUCUUGCUUCUUCUUGGAGGCAAGGCUGUGCGACAUCCUGUCAAAUCUUCCACACGCGAUCACAGCAUUCACGGUAGGUCAACGACAACUGCCAUGGCAAUCAACGAGACCGAAACAGAAUCUUCUCGAGCCUGGCUCUCUGCAUACAUAAAGGUGUUUUCGUGUCCUUCCGUUGCUUCUGCUUUCUCUUCCUGA